CGACCACCUCAAUCACCACCUCAUCACACGCCAUCUCUGCUGCCUUCGAACGCAUCAACAUCAACCACCUCCUUCAUAUUCCAGAGAAUACCGAUCAAAUUCAGUUGCACCCAUCAAACCACCACACUAAAUCCCGCAACCAUGGCGGAGAACGACGUCAAACAGAUCCUCUCCACCCUCACAUCCAUCAAAUCCGCCUCCGACCUCCAAAAAGCGCCCCAACUCCUCUCCCGCGCAAAACUCAGCCUCCUCAAACUCAACGCCCUCGUCCCCUCCUCAGAAAUGAACCCCAAACACCUCCCUCUCAGCCUCGCAGUCCUCGAAGCCGGCGCCUUGAUCUCCAUCCGUCUACGCGACACGGACUCUUUCACGCGCUAUUUCCAGCAAUUGCAACCAUUCUACGCAAUCCCGGAGUCGAUUAAAGAGAGACAUGGUGUCAAGGGUGGUCAAGAGGGGAAGGUCACGGGGUUGUAUUUGUUGUUGUUGUUGAGUGUGGGGGAUUAUGCGGGUUUUCAUACGGUGCUUGAGGGACUGGGGGUUAGUGGGAGUGGGAUUGAGAGGAAUGAGUUUGUGCAGUAUCCGGUGCGGUUGGAGCAGGCGCUUAUGGAGGGGAGUUAUGAUAAGGUGUGGGGUGAGACGAAGGGGGAGAGGGUGCCGAGUGAGGAGUUUGCGGUGUUUAGUGAGGUUCUGAUCGAUACGAUUCGAUCCGAGAUAGCCUCUUGCUCCGAGCGCGCUUACCCUUCGCUACCGAUCUCGAAUGCAAAGAACCUGUUGUUCUUGAAUUCGGAGGGUGCUGUCAUUCAGUUCGCACAGUCAAGAGGAUGGGUUGCAAAGGAUGGACGAAUCUACUUUCCUGCGCAAGAGGCAGACGCACUGGCCGCAGAGAAGGAUGUCAUGAGCAAUAGCGAUCUGGUGAUCGAGAACACACUGGGCUACGCCAGGAAGCUUGAAACCAUUGUGUAGAAAGUGGAGAAGACGUGUAUGAUGGCGUAUGGAAGAGCGCAUUUGGUCAGCGCUUAACUAUCGCGCGAAGCUUCGAUGUCACGAAGACUUUGGCAGGAGCAACGAAUACCACGAAACGCUGUAACAUUACAACCCUAGCCCGCCCCUUUGUUCCAUUCCUGUGGGUUGCAUUUUCUCGGCCACUAGCUGGUUCUCCAGCAUGCGCAGUCAUA